ACAAAGUGUGGGGUGGAGCUGGAGUUGCAGGAGUGUAGGCGGACCUUCACUGUGAGUCUGUGCAGAGGGCAAAGCUUCGGCAGUGGCAGAGAGCACUCACACUGCAUGAGGACAGAAGCUGAAAAAAGUCCAUCUCCUUCCACCCAGGCCCAGAGACGAUGGCUCAAAAGAAAGCCAUCCUAUUCAACUUCUGGGGAGUAACAGUUUCAACUCAGCAUGCUGUUUUCAACAAGUUGGAGGGGUUGCACAACUUGCCAGGGUGAGGAGGCUAUUUGCUGCCUUGGAAGUUGUCAUGGUGUAAAAAAAACUUCUGUUUUUUUUUUUCAUUUCUCCUUUUUUGGUCUCAAAUGUUUGGAUUCUGCUUCUAAAAGGCUCUGGUUCUUUUUUAAACAUUAGACACUUCAUGCUCAAAUGCAGACUUCUUUAAACUUGUAAUGCUCUUCAAUUUUAGGCGUGCACCUGUAAACAUGUUAACAGAGUCUUUGGCAUAGUGUCAUUCUUCUUAAAUAUAUAGACUUUGUUCAUUUUACUUUCUACAAACAGACACUCUCUAUUAAAUGUCAGCUGGUUCAAACUGGGACUUUGUAAUGUUGGUUCAAAAGUGACAGUGCUUUGUUAUCACAGCUCUUACUGUGCAACAGGUCAACUAUUUCCUGUCUGUGCAUGUUUGCAAAGCUACCCUGCUUAACAUGCUCAACACGCUCAGAUUUACCCACUGCCAGCUUGAUUACCUUGUUUUCAGAGGUUUUCUGUCCAGUGUGGUGGCUCCCAAAGACAGCGCCAUGAGCCGGGCAGAAAGAGGAGAAUUAACCCUCACUCAGGUGGGCAAAGUCCAAACAAAGGGACUGAUUCACUCUUCUCUUCCUCUACUCUGUACUCGCUUAUACUGAGUCUGUGUGUGUUUGGGUGUGUGGAGAUGGUGCCAGCAUUGGAGGCUGAGUGUGCAAAGGAGGCCCAGGACAGGAGUUUGACUCUGCCAUCUGACUGGUCAGUCAAAGUCCUGCUGGAGGAGCUCAGAGAGGCAAUGAUGGACGUCCGAGCGGUUGUGUUGCAGACAGCUGCUAGGCUGCGCCAGAAUGGUACACACACAUCCAAACACCAGCACGAGCAGCUGUGGUGGGCUAACAGAGCUGUUGGACAAAAUGAAGUCCUCCAAUGAAAUAUUUGGGCCCCCUAAGCCUUUCUGUUUACAUCAGAACCAAAAAUAGAUUAAAAACACUGAUUGUUACUGUGUGAACCGGUUCAGCUCAAGAGAAGGCGGCUAAUUGAUCGUCUGAUAAACUCUCAAAUCAAGUGUGAUUUUUGCUGCUCCCCUCCCAGGGUUACUCACAGCUGUGCUGGCCAAUCACUGGGUGGAUGACAGCUCAGCUGGAGACCAUCCAGCCUGCCUUCUGUCUCAGCUAGGCCGCCAUUUUGACCUGGUCCUCCAGUCCUGCAGAGCUGGUCACAGGGUCCCUGAGACUGAGGUGUUCACCUCUGCUCUCCAGCACCUGGGAGUGACUUCAGAACAGGUAGAGGACACACCCACACAAUGUGUCAAAUAUGUGUGUGAACAUCCUGAAAACACAGUCAGAAGGAUCAAAAGAGACAAGCAGAAUUUCUUGGUUUGCCUUCGGCUUACUUCAGGCUCUAUGGUUGGAUGCAGAGGAGGAGGGUGUGAAGGCGGCCAGGGCAGCAGGGAUGGAGGCCAUCUUGGUGGAGAAUCUGGAUGAUGCUCUGAAUAAUCUGUCUGAAUUUACUGGAGUUCAGGUGGGGACAAAAAGAUGAUAUCUGACGGAAUACCACAGAAGAGGGGCAGCUGGUGCCAGGGGAUGGAGUCAUCCUCAAAAGGAUACUAUGCCAAAAUGAGCAUGUUAGGACAUGUCUUUAUGUGUUUCAGACUGUCAGAGCAGCGUGUCCUCCACCUUCCUGCAGCCCUGAGGAAGUCGCUCAUGGAUACGUCACCAUCAGGGUGAAGAUUUGAGAUUUUAUGAAAGUUCAGCAAAGUUCAAAGUGGUUUCUGUUUCUAUGAAAUUAAUAAUUUUUGCGUUUUUGCGCGCGUCAGCCUGGUGUGAGGACUCAUUUCGUUGAGAUGGGCUCAGGUCCACCAGUUCUGUUGUGUCACGGCUUCCCUGAGAGCUGGUACUCCUGGAGGUAUCAGGUAACUUUACAACAUGUCAUCUUCACAUUGAACAGAAAGCAAAACAUCAGUACGAUACAGAAAUAAAUGUAUACAUUUUAAUCUUCUAGAGCCAACAGUGGAGGUAAAUUUAAAGACUUGACUGCAGUAAAAGCUGCACUUUUGUUCUGUGGAAACAGCUGCAACCAGCAGCAGCAGAAAACUCCUACCUUCAAAAGUAUUUAAAGCUGAUAGAUAAAUGCUGGGCAGUUUCCCCCUGCAUGAAAAUAAAUAAUGAAAUAAAGUACAGAAACUACAUUCAAAUUCAAGAGGACUUACACUCACAGGUCCUAUUUUUUAUUUCUCCUGGAUGCAGAUCCCAGCCCUGGCAGCUGCAGGGUUCAGAGUCUUGGCUCUGGACAUGAAGGGAUACGGAGAGUCUACUGCGCCCCCUGGUGGGUGUGUUUGAGUACUUCCUAGGAAAAUCAACAAUCAAUUUUUAAUUUAGAGAAAUAACAAACCAAAAAUUACAUCCUCAAAUACACUUUCUUUAUAAACUGUCGUUUUUCCUUCCAAAGACAUUGAGGAAUAUUCUCAGGAGAAGCUCUGCAAGGUACAAACUUACUAAAACCCAUUUUAAUAUACGCAAAGUUUUUCUUUUUAGAUACAAAUGCGAUGCUUGGGGGCAAAAGUUAUUUUUGCACAGGAUAAAACAUACUACACAGACAUGCAAUUUUCUUUAUUUUACAGGAUUUAAUCACAUUUAUGGACAAAAUGGUAAGUUUUAUCUCAGCUCUACCUAGAUUACUGUUAAAUUUGACGAUGGAAGGAGGUUCAUAAAAGUACAAAAACAUGAACUUAAGUGUACCAAAUUUUCUUUCUAGUGCAAUUAGAAAACAAAUCUGCAGACUGGACAUCUCCUGAAGACCAUUACUCACCUAUGUUUAUCUUCUCUGUUCCCGGACAGUCCAUGCCACAAGUCACUCUGGUGGGUCAUGACUGGGGCGGUAUCGUGGUGUGGAACAUGGCUCAGUUUUUCCCUGAGAGAGUCAGGUGAACACACAAACACAAACACACAGAGAUGUUGCCAGUGAAAGUACUUUACAUUAAAGUUGUGUAUGUGUGAAGGGCUGCAGCAUCUCUCAACACUCCUCUGUUUCGUGCUGAUCCGGCGAGUGAAGCCAAACUGAAGUCUAUUCCCAUUUUCGACUACCAGAUCUACUUCCAGACACCUGUGAGUCUGUCUGCAGCGUGCUAACAUGGAAACACAUUGUUGAAUAUGAUCAUUUGUAGAUCAGUGUGUGGUAGUUAAUGACACAGUGAGGACAGCAUCGAAGGACAUCAGCAUGAUUCUCAGUGAAAAUGUGUGUAUGUGUUCUUUUUUUUCAGGGUGCUGCAGAAGCCGAGCUGGAGAAGGACUUGGAGAGGUCAUUCAAGAUUUUCUUUUCUAGCAGUGCUGAAGAAGUGAGUACACACACACACACACAAACAGAUUGAACAAUUUUAGGUUUGUAAAUCAUAAUCAAAUGUUGUGUUGUCUCACAGGCACAGCGCCCGUCUAUCAGCACUGCAGGAGUCUGUGCUCGAGGUGAGGAUCGUCCUCACUGACACAGAAUCUCACUCAGACGCUGUAAAAUUGUUGAGUCGUUCUCAGCCUCUUUAUGUGUGUUGUAGGUGGUCUCUUUGUGGGUCUGCCAGAGCAGAUUCCCAGGAGCUCCAUGCUGACAGAGGCCGACCUGAAGUUCUACGUCAGUCAGUAUAAAGAGAAAGGCUUCAGGUCUGAACACAUUGACACAAGAAAAAAAACAUCUGGUCCCAGCUGUCUUUCUAUUUCUUUUAUAACAUUCAGAGCUCAAAGGUGGGGAAGGUAGGAUCUGUGGAAGUGCCAGUUUUAGGGAGAAAUCUUGAAUGUAAACACUACCCCUCCCAACCAGUUUUCCCCUCAGCUCCUCUUAGUGAUUGGAAGAGCAGUUCUUUUGACCGUACUGAAUCUUUAGAAUCCGUUCAUUAAAACGAUUCGUUCAAAAGAUUUGUUCACUGAAUCAGUCAGUGCUUCGGAGUCCCUCCCCUCCCCUCCCCAGCUGCUGAAGUCACAGCAUCGUUCACUGGGUGACACAUGUUGUUGAUGGUGGCAGGAGGGCACAAACUACUCUCAUAUUUCACCAGUGAUAACCUCAGUUUUUGUCACAGGGAAAAAUGUUUGUGGUUAGAAAAAAUCUGAUCUCAGUCUUCAAAGAAAAGUCUGUUUGUUGACCUAGUCUUACAUAAAACUGAGCCAGAGGGAUCUGAUACAGAAAUACUAAAAUGAUUUUAUCAAUAGGAAAGAGCUAAUGAUCAUGUCUUUGUGUUUUGUUGGACAGGAGGCCGCUGAACUGGUAUCGUAACAAUGAAGCAAACCAGAAAUGGAUGUGCUCUCGACCUGCAACAAAGGUUUGUAACUGAAAAUCUAACUGACCCCUCCUUAAAAAAGCAGCACCUUUAAGAGCGUUGACAGUUAUAUUUCAUCUUGAGAAUUUAAAUUUGCCCCAAAAUAACCUGAGAGACUUAACGUUGUCUUGGUAAAAUGUUUCAAAUUUUUUCAGAAACACAGAGAAAAGGAUGAGAUAAUUCAUCUGUUUAAUUCCUACUUAAAUAAUCACAAGCAGCUUAACUAAAACAUAUAAAUCCACAGGACAAGGGCUUUUUUUCUGAUUUCAUACUAAAUGUUGAUAUUAAACCCCUCAAAGAGUCAGAUCCUGACUACUUCUGAAAUGUUAAAAAUCUGCUUCUAGGAUGUGCCUGCGGGGUGCUUUUCUUUAUCUAUCCUAUCCAGAGACUCAAAUAAUUUUCAUUUUCCAUGAAGCUAAACUCAUUUAAGGCCGAAACAUGUCUGUGUUUGUGUGUUAGCCACUGAUGCCUACACUGAUGGUGACAGCGGGUAAAGACCCGGUUCUGCUGCCAGCCUUUACCAAGGGGAUGGAGGAAGUGGUGAGUGAAAAAUCAGCAAGGGCAGUCAGGUUACAUCUGCUGGAUGUAUUGAUCAUUAUCAGGAAUGGAUCUAAGUUUGUGUGAGUUGGAUCUGACACCUGCAUUUCCUGAUCGUAGUUCCCUAACCUGAGCAGAGGACACAUCGAGGAGUGUGGACACUGGACUCAGAUGGACAGGCCAGCAGAGACCAACAACAUCCUGAUAAAAUGGUUGAAAGAAGCACACAAGAAGCCAGGAUGUGUUAGUGCAGCACCAAAACUGUGAGGAUGGCAGUUAACAGGAAAAAAAGAAGGAAAAAUUAAGUCUAGAGGAUAAAAAAGGAUCAAACAUAGAGCCUUAGAAACACAUUAAUAUAUAAUCAGUGCAAAAUACUAAUCAAUUCCAGUAUUCUUUGAAGAUAACAGGGACAAUCGAUAGAUGAUGAUCUAUGAUGGCAAUAGUAUUUUUUCUAAUUUUAGCUCCGAUAAAACUUACUUCUUCUGAAGAAGUAAAGGCAUUUUUGUUGCUUUGGUGGGAUAAAACAAGACACACAAGUAGUUAUUUCUUUACUUAUUCCAACUCUCUCAUCAAUUUUAAAUCACAAAGUAAAAAAUAUGAAACAAAAUCAGGAUCUGAAAUAACAAGAACACAUCGCUGGGCUGUUACUCACGGUAAAGACAGAUUUGAUGGUUUAUUUGUAUUAGCAAAAUAAAUGUAUUAAAGACAAUUCACAGAAUGAAAUACACAUAAAAAAUAGGAGGAAUGAGAAGACAAAAUUAAAAAACAGUUUAGCAUGAAAUUUUUUCUUUGAGUUCAUUUAUCUAUAUUAUUGUACCUUUUCUGCUUUGAUUAUUUAACCUUAAAAAUGGCUCUUCAAAACUCUUAUUUUCUUAACAUAUGGGACUUGAUUCUUUCAUUGAGCAUCAGUCACAAUAAAACAUCCUUGAAUGAAUUUCAGGUUUACUGUCGUUAUGUUAAUGUGUUUAAUAAUUUCAUUAUAUAAAUAUUGGUCCGAUUUUGUUGUAUUUUAUCUUUAUGAAAACUUGAAAACCAAGCCAGCACACAACCUUCCUCCAGAAAUCACUUGCAUAGUGUCGCCCUCUUGUGGUUCGGAUAUGAACACUGAGAACUGAUCACAGUUUCUUCUCCUCAAACAGCUUAGCCCAGGCUGGCAUGAUGUGUUCAUAAAUCCUCUCUAUCUGUAACAAAAACACACAGACACAGGUUUUAUUAUGUCAUCUCUUUAGAAACUGAAGGGAAUCAAACUUAGGAACAAUCCACAUGGUUUUUAUAAACCCUCUUUGAACUCUAUUUGUUUUGCCAAUGCUCAUAUAUCUCCUCCUAAAUUAAGUUUUUGAAAGGAUUCGUCUUGGAGCAAAAGCUUUGAUCAAUCAUGAAUGUGCAAAACAACUGGAGAAAAGAAAUCAAAUAAACUGAACUGCAAGAAAUGAGAGCAGUAAAAACUGUCA